GGGGCGCUGGUGAGUCCACAUACUUGCGCCGCUAAAAAUGUGAAAAUGGCGGAGCUACAAAUGCUUCUGGAAGAGGAGAUUCCAGCAGGACGAAGCGCGUUGCUAGACAGUUUCACCAAUUUGGAAAGAGUCGCCGAGUACUGCGAGAGCAACUAUGUCCAGUCACCAGACAAGCAGAGGGCACUUGAGGAGACUAAGAACUACACCACGCAGUCUUUGGCCAGUGUAGCCUACCUGAUCAACACAUUGGCCAACAAUGUCCUGCAGAUGUUGGACAUCCAAGCUUCACAGCUCCGACGCAUGGAGUCCUCCAUCAACCACAUCUCACAGACUGUGGACAUUCACAAAGAGAAGGUUGCCAGGCGGGAAAUUGGUAUUCUUACAACCAAUAAGAACACAUCUCGCACACACAAGAUCAUUGCUCCAGCCAAUCCUGAAAGGCCUGUGCGUUACAUUCGCAAGCCCAUUGACUACAGUCUUCUAGAUGACAUGGGUCAUGGAGUCAAGUGGUUGCAAAGGUUUAAGGCCAGCGCUCAGAACAUGAAGACUGGAGCUGGUGGACUCCCUCGUACCAACCCCCCCACACAGAAGCCCCCAAGCCCGCCUAUGUCAGGGAAGGGGACCCUUGGGCGCCACUCCCCCUAUAGGACGCUUGAGCCAGUGCGUCCACCCGUUGUUCCUAAUGACUACGUCUCAAGCCCGACGCGCAACAUGGCGCAACCCCAGCAGAGCCCUGCACGCACUGCAUCAGUUAAUCAGAGGAACCGCACGUACAGCAGUGGGAGCAGCGGAGGUAGCCACCCCAGCAGCAGUCGCAGCAGCAGCAGAGAAAACAGCGGCAGUGGCAGCGUAGGUGUUCCUAUCGCUGUACCAACCCCGGCCCCGCCCACAGCCUUUCCAGGUUCUGCCCCUCCCUCUUCCAACCCAGCUAAGCCUCCCCCCACCACUGCCACUCUUUCUGGGACCCCCUCUUCUGCCCUUGUAGAUGGUCCCCAACAGGCCUCUAACCCCCCUGUAGAUAUCCCGCCUGUACCCCCACCCCCUCCUCAGCUCCCUGUCUCUGCAGCCCCCACCGGCACAGGCCCCAAUUCUUAUGGCAACCCUGCACAAGGUGCUCCUCAUUACUACAGCAUGAACCGCCCGGCACAGCCACCUCAAAACAUGCAGGUAGGAGGUUCUCUGCCAUACCGCCGGCCUGCCUCUAUCUCUGGUCAUUCCAAUGUGGCACACAACCAGAACCAGCUCAACGGUGGACCUCACUUUGUUCAGAACCAAGGCCCGCUCGCUCCCCCUCCCCCUUCCAUGCAGAUCACCCCUCAGCUGCCUCUGAUGGGCUUUGUGGCCCGAGUUCAGGAGACUAUCUCAGAUGUGCCGCUGCCGCCUCCGCCUGCUGAGGAGCCCGUGUUUGAGGAGCCUACUCCUCCUCCGCCACCGCUGGAGGACUAUGAGGACAAUGAGGAUGAGGAAGAGUCAGCUGUGGUGGAGUACAGUGACCCGUAUGCUGAGGAAGACCCACCAUGGGCCCCACGGAACUACAUGGAGAAAGUGGUGGCCAUCUACGACUACACUCGAGACAAGGAGGACGAGCUGUCGUUCCAGGAGGGCGCCAUCAUCUACGUGAUCAAAAAGAAUGAUGAUGGCUGGUUUGAGGGCAUGAUGAACGGGACCACAGGCCUCUUCCCCGGCAACUACGUUGAGUCAAUCAUGCACUAUGCUGACUGAACAAUUCCUCCCAUGAACACACAAGGAAGCCCAGCGGGACCAUUGGACGGUGAAGGGGAGGGAGGGGAGCCAAAAGUUAAAGGUCAAAGACAUUGAUCAGGCAGCGCAUGAUCACCUCUGGGCAAAGACAUUUUAUAUGAGCUGCAACAUGACAAACUGCUGCCCAGUCAUUGACGCCAUUGUACAACAAUUACUCGACAUAUAUCCUUCCCUGUACUGUUUCUAUUUCUUUUUUUGACUGCGGAGGACUGGACGGUUAUGGUUUUUCUGUAUUUUUAGAGUUUUGUGUUACAGUUUGUAAGGCAUUGGUUUUGUUUUUACCAUUUUAAAAGAAUAUUUAUUGGUUUAUGUAGUGGGAUUAAAUGGUGAGCGGGUAGGCGGGGCUGUUAGGAGGCAUUCACUCAGAACUCUGUCUCACAGCUCAGGAGAAUGCCUUCAUGUGUCCAUUUAACACUCAACAGACUACUCUCUGACACUGCUACAGUUUCUUCAGUGUGAAAAGUGAUAGUUUCUGUUAACACAUUUUGUUGGCGCACCUCAGCUAGGUGUGUGCCAAAGCUGACAUUCACUGAGAAAAGCACACAAAAUGUCUUAAGAAGGCACACACAACCUCAACAAAAGUGAGUCAGACAUCUGAUAAUGAAAGUCAAACACUACUUUUAAACGGAGACAUGUUUUUCAGAAUAGAUUUACUGUAGUAAGGGACUUGUUUUGCGCUGAAGUGCAAAGAUUUAACAUGAAGGGCUGACUUUAGUUGUGUUUCAGUUUGAUGGCUGCUGCAUUUUUUAUUUUAUUUUAUUUUUUUGGGGUGGAAGAAUCCUCAAUCAGCCCUCGUGUUAAGGGUGGAGGGCGUCGGCCUAGGCUGCUGCUGCAGGUCGUCCGAGUAACAGCAGUGUGAAGCUUUGUUGGUGGAAAUGGUUACCUGGGCUAUUCAUUUGCAGUGUUGAGAUGAUUUCCUCUUUUACCUUUCUGUUUGGGUUUGACCAGCAGUUCCUUGCAGCACACCAUGCUACAUGCUUUGAUGGGGGGAGGAAACCAUUUUUCCUAUUUUCUGGUCUACAGUUGGUCAUAAUAUUUUUAUGCUGCAUUUCUUAAUUUUUGGUAAUCACCCAUGACAACGCCGUUUUUAAGAUGCUUGUGCCAUAUUGAAGUGUGUGUCGGUGUCUCAGACAGAUCACUUCAUUUGCAAUAAAUUGGCCGGAGUGGGGUGGUUGCCAUACUAUCAAACCUUUCCACUGUUUUGACAUCAGUUAUUUUAAAUGAAAAGCACAUAUGUUUGUAGAAAAGGGUGUAGCUGCGAAAGCAUAAAUGUGAGAUAUAUUACGUCACUAGUUCAGGUGUCAUUUGGCCUCCAUAUGGGACUCGAACACAAGACCCCAGUUUCUGAUGUGCUUGGCUGUUGAGUGUCUGCGAGGGCUCAGUGCUUGUACUUACUUGAGAAUCUUUAUUUUCUAUAAAAACAAAAAAUUUAAAAUAAUUACAAGUGAGUCUGUAUGAGUCUUGCAUGCCAUUGUUCUUAUCUGUACCGGUGUCCCAAAUCGUGGUGAGAUCACCCAUUCUGAAAAGACAAGCAGGCCUGCAGUUCGGACCAGGUACCACCAGCCUCAUCCAAAGAGACUGUACAACUUCCACCUCGCAUCCAAGGAGUCCUUCUGAGCCGUAAGGGGGAGGAGGAAUGGAGUGGCUGAAGCUGAGAGUAGCCAUCAGUGUUACGUUAGUGGUGAAAAAUCGUGUUUCUACGAUACAAGUGGCUCCUGCACACCAUGCCAGCCUGCAAACAAACAGGAGCUCAAAUGUAGGAGGGAUCACUAAUUGUAAAGCAAACGUCUUAUUGGAUAACACUACAGAAAUCGAAAAUGAGGCUUUAGGUGUGCAGGAUUCACAGCUCCUUGGAAUGGACGGUCCGUCAGGAUGUCCAGUUUAACAGUCCAUAAUGCCAUUGUGUUGCACAGUUAAAGCUGAAUUGCAGAAGUAUCAUAUUUGUAAAGUCAUGAGAACAAAGACAAUAAAAUUAAGAUCUAUUGCUGUA